GCCGACGCACAAGAUGGCCGCCGCUGCUGCAGCGGCGGAGGUGGAGGGGUGGCAGGCGACGGCGGUGGGGGGUCCUGGGGGCUUGCGGGUGUUGGAGAAGCAGGGCGCUGCGGCCGCGCCCGUGUGCCGUAGCUGAGGGGGCCGGUGGUCGCUGCGGGGAGCCCGGCCCGUGUGGUUAUGUUUCACACUAUGUGCUGACUGUCUGUACUUACAGAAGAUAUUUAAAAACAAGCAGACUUUUUUUUUUUUCAAAGAUUUUGAUUCCAGUGGAAUCUGUGCUUUAGAUUUUUGUCUUGUCAAUUAACUCCUGAAGCAAUGCCUGUACAAGCUCCACAAUGGACGGAUUUUCUCUCCUGCCCGAUUUGCACACAGACUUUCGACGAAACAAUCCGGAAGCCCAUCAGUUUGGGUUGCGGCCACACUGUCUGCAAGAUGUGCCUCAACAAGCUCCACCGUAAGGCAUGCCCUUUUGACCAGACCACUAUCAAUACAGACAUUGAACUCCUUCCUGUGAACUCAGCCUUGCUGCAGCUAGUGGGUGCUCAGGUUCCUGAGCAGCAGCCAAUUACUUUAUGUAGUGGAGCUGAAGAUACCAAGCAUUAUGAGGAGGGCAAGAAAUGUGUGGAAGAAUUAGCGUUGUACCUCAAACCACUCAGCAGCGCGAGAGGUAGUGUGGGUCUUAACAGUACUACUCAGAGUGUGCUAAGUCGUCCCAUGCAAAGGAAACUUGUGACAUUAGUUCAUUGCCAGCUAGUGGAGGAAGAAGGGCGGAUCAGAGCCAUGCGUGCAGCACGGUCGCUUGGUGAAAGAACAGUCACAGAGCUCAUUCUUCAGCAUCAAAAUCCUCAGCAACUCUCUUCCAACCUCUGGGCUGCAGUGAGAGCUAGAGGGUGCCAGUUCCUUGGACCAGCAAUGCAAGAGGAGGCUUUAAAGCUGGUUCUACUGGCGCUGGAAGAUGGAUCUGCUUUGUCACGAAAGGUUUUGGUUCUUUUUGUGGUUCAGAGGCUGGAGCCGCGAUUUCCUCAGGCUUCUAAAACUAGCAUUGGGCAUGUUGUCCAGCUUCUUUACAGAGCCUCAUGCUUCAAGGUGACAAAGCGAGAUGAGGAUUCCUCCCUCAUGCAACUGAAGGAGGAAUUUCGGACUUACGAAGCUUUGAGAAGGGAACAUGAUUCCCAGAUAGUUCAAAUAGCUAUGGAAGCAGGUUUACGCAUUGCACCAGAUCAGUGGUCCUCACUGUUAUACGGAGACCAGUCUCACAAAUCCCACAUGCAGUCUAUCAUUGACAAGUUGCAGACCCCAGCCUCAUUUGCACAGAGUGUUCAGGAAUUAACUAUUGCUCUUCAGAGGACUGGAGAUCCAGCUAACCUGAAUCGUCUUCGACCUCACUUAGAGCUGCUGGCAAAUAUUGAUCCCAGUCCAGAUGCUCCACCUCCGACGUGGGAACAACUGGAAAAUGGACUAGUUGCUGUGAGGACUGUGGUUCAUGGCUUAGUUGAUUAUAUCCAGAAUCACAGCAAGAAAGGAACAGAUCAGCAACAGCCUCCUCAGCACAGCAAGUACAAGACAUACAUGUGCCGAGACAUGAAACAGAGAGGAGGAUGCCCCCGAGGGGCCAGCUGCACCUUUGCACAUUCACAGGAGGAGCUAGAAAAAUUCCGUAAAAUGAACAAGCGUCUGGUUCCCAGAAGACCCCUGAGUGCCUCCCUGGGCCAGCUAAAUGAGGUGGGCCUGCCUUCAGGAGCUAUCCUCUCGGAGGAAGGGGGAGUGGACUUGCCCAAUAGGAAAACGUCUGCUCUGCCAAAUGGAAUUGUGUCAACAGGCAGCACAGUGACGCAACUUAUUUCUCGAGGGACUGACUCCGGUUAUGAAACUGCUCUGAAGCCAGGGAAGAUGGACCAUCUGAGUAGCAGUGCCCCUGGAUCCCCUCCUGACUUGCUGGAAUCUGUCCCCAAGAGCUCUAUUUCUGCCUUACCAGUGAACCCUCAUCCCGUGCCCACUCGGGCACCAACAGAUCUGCCUUCAGUGUCUGUCACCAAGCAGUUGCAAAUGGUACCACGAGGGUCUCAGUUGUAUAAUACUCAGCAAGCAGAUAUGUUUUAUCAAGAUCCUAGAGGAGCUGCCCCACCAUUUGAACCAGCACCCUACCAACAAGGAGUUUACUAUCCCACUCAGUCCAUGUCUCGGUUUGUCCGACCUCCUCCAUCAGCUCCUGAACCUGGUCCACCUUAUUUAGACCAUUACCCACCCUACCUUCAGGAUCGUGUGGUGAGCCCACAGUACACGCAGCCACAGCAGUAUCCUCCUAUGGGACAACCCAUAUACCCACCACACUAUGACAGCCGUCGUGUAUAUACCCCUGUCCAGCCAUAUCAGCGAGAGGAGAUUGUCCGAGGAAGCCCUGUACCCAUUGAAAUUCCACAAGCUGCUGUACCUUCCUAUGUACCUGAAUCCAGAGACAGAUACCAGCAAACAGAAGGUUAUUGCCCAGUGGCUCCACAUCUCAGUCAGAUCAGACCUUCAUGCCACAGGCCUCAUCCCAGCCUGGAUGAACUUCACCGGCGAAGGAAAGAGAUCAUGGCCCAGCUAGAAGAGAGGAAGGUGAUUUCUCCACCUCCUUUUGCACCAUCACCAACCUUGCCUCAUCCAUUUCAUUCAGAGGAGGUUUUUGUUUUUGUACAGUACUUGGAUGAAGACCUGAAGGUGGCUGGGAAAUACAAAGGAAAUGACUACAGCCAGUACUCUCCCUGGUCCUGUGACACCAUCGGCUCCUACAUUGGAACCAAAGAUGCAAAACCCAAAGAUGUUGUGGCAGCAAGGAGUGUGGAGAUGGCGAAUGUAGAUAGUAAAGCCAUGCGUGACCAGCGAUUAGACAUGCAGCGAAGAGCAGCAGAGACUGGUGAUGAUGACCUCAUUCCAUUUGGAGACCGACCAACUGUGUCAAGAUUUGGGGCUAUCUCCCGUACUUCCAAAGCAAUGUACCAGAAUUCUGGUCCCAUGCAGGCCAUGGCGGUUCAGGGAGCUACCACCAAAUCAAUCAUUUCAGACUACAAUCCUUAUGGAACUCACGGUGGCUGGGGAGGCUCUCCAUAUUCUCCUCAUCAAAAUAUACCUUCUCAGGGACGUUUCAAUGACAGGGAGAGACUGUCCAUGUCAGAUGUGGCUGGUCAUGGGAAACAGUUGCCCUCAGCUGAACGAGAGCAGCAACUGCGCAUGGAGCUGCAGCAAGUAGACCAUCAGAUUAGCCAGCAGACACAAAUGCGAGGACUAGAGGCUGUUAGUAACAGGCUGCUGUUGCAGAGGGAGGCGACUACCCUGGCAGGCCAACCACAGCCCCCACCCCCACCUCCCAAGUGGCCUGGGAUGAUCUCAAGUGAACAGCUGAGCUUGGAGCUACACCAGGUGGAAAGGGAAAUUGGGAAGAGAACCCGUGAGCUGAGCAUGGAGAGCCAGCCCUCACUGGAUAUAAAAACCAAACUGGGCACCACUAAACAGACAGAAAAUGGACAAUUAGAACCGCAAAGCAAGGUUCCAGCUGAGGACCUCGCACUGACAUUCAGCAGUGAUGUUCCAAAUGGAUCAGCCUUGACACAAGAGAACAUUGGCCUCCUGUCAAACAAGGCGGCAUCUCUCAGCCUGUCAGAGGACCCAGAGGGAGGAGGAGACAACCACGACUCCCAGAGAGCGGGAGUUACACCCACAUCUGCUCCAUGAAGUGAGGCCAGCAUACCCCAGAGUUUCUUUUGCUGGGGUGUCGGUAGCUUCCAUUAUGUUUUUUUCCAGGGGUGAUUGGAGAAACCCAGGAGCAACAGCAGUAGCAGAGCAGCAGGUCCAGAGGCAAUGUGCACAGACACAACUACUAGAAACAAAUCCUGCACAUAGUUCACAUUAACGCAUUUUUUAAUUAAAAAAAUGAAAAUUAGCAGUAUCUGCAAGCAAUUCAAAUUAAAUUUGUUUUUGUUCUGUGAAUGAACUUUAUUUUAAUAACUUUGGACGCCUUGGAUCCCAGGGCUUAAAAAAAAAAAAAAGAUAUUAUAUAUAUAUACUCUGUUUGAUUAAUUGUAUGAUCUUAAUGAAGUAGGUUUUUUUCUUUUAUUUUGGUAUUAUUACAUACCCAGUGCAUAAUCCCUUAUCACCUUAAUUUCUCAACAACUAAAACAACCUGGCCACUUCCUUGUAUGGUUUAAGGGUAAACAAGGAAUGAGGGUUGGAGAGUAGCUGUGAAUUGCAGUGUCAAAAGAUGUGCAGCAAACUUCAUUCUUAAAACAGUUCCUCCUGUUGUAGCUAGGAACUGAACCCUAGCUUGUGUGAGACUUCUUGCUUACAUUAUUUAAGUUUAAACUGCAAGUGACAGAAUCUUUGCAAUGCAACAGGUGCAGUCCUUACUGUAUGUCCCAGUGCAGCACAUGUAAUUAAAGAGGAUAACAAAAUAAGUGUCCAACAUGCAUUAUUUUAUUUGAAGGUUGCUGGCCUUUUAUUUUCUGUUGGGACUAAAGAGUUCAGCAGAAUGCAGACUAAUCUACUACAGCAUGGGUAUUUCUGAAGCUGGUUAGCUGGGGCUUGUGGUAGAGAGCCUUAACUAACUGGUGAAGGUUGUGCAGCCAUGACCAAGGCAGAAUCUCUAGAAAUAGGAAGUAGAGAGAACAUAAGGCUAUACAGUUGCUGGAAGGAUGUUAAGUGCUGGUGAGCUGGUGAACCAUGUUAGUUCAUCCCCUGUUUGCUGUUUGUUUUUUGUGGUUGUUUUGGUUUUUUUUUUUUCCCCUUCUCACUAUUCCUUUAAAACAAGCUUACCCAAAGUCCAUACAAUUAAGUUGAUACAGAGGGACUUGGUGACCUCUCUGCCUUUUGGAACAGGUCUUUCAUGUAUGCUUCCUUCUCAGCAACUCUUGCCUUUGUUUUUUCUUCAUUGCUAUUUUAUCAUUAUUAUUAUUAUUAUUAAAAACAUAAUUUCCUCCGUAACCUGAUUUUUUUCUUUUCUUUUUUUUCAGUGAUACAUCAGUUAUUUAAUUGUAAUGCUGUUGUGAGGGCCUUCUACUGAAGGAGACCAAGAUCUUUGAUUUGCGCAUAUCAAUGAUGGCAUCUUUAAAACAGAGGGAAAUUUUUAUUUCUUUUUUUAAAGUUGGCAUUGUUUAAGGUCUGUGUGCAUUAGAAUUUGACACCUGAGAAUCAAUCUGCAGCUUGUCUGCCACUGCUGCAGUGAAUCCUUCCAAGAUUCCCCUUUCAUAGGGGAAAAGUUGCAUCUAAAUGACCACUUAAGGUGCAGCACAGACCCUGUUGGAAGUAGUGAGAAGUACUGAAAAGCAAAUUGUGCUUGAUAGAUCUAGUGUACUACUUCUCCAAGUAGAUGCUUUGUAAGUGUAAGUUGGAGAAACUGUAAGCCUUUCUAGGUGUUUUCUUUAAGAGUUAAAGAAAUGAAAGAGAUGUUGUUCUUGCUGCACGUUUUUUGACUCUUGACAUGCACUGGGGUGAGACCCUGUAUACAAAGAACUGUGGAGAAUGUUUUAAAGUGCUGCUCCCUCUGUACCUUCUUGGCCUGUUCUCAUUUUUUUCUUUCUGGGUUAGACUACUAAAUUGGAAAGCACUGGUUAUGUAAUAAAUUACUGCAUUGCUUUGGUUGGGUAAAGCAAGAGUUAAUAAAUUUUCUUGGUUUUUAGUUUUUUUUCCUUAACCUUAACUCCUGCUGAGGUCAUAGCAACCUUGGGCUAAGCUUUGCAUUCAUCAUACUGUUAAAUAAAACAAAAUGGGGGGUGGGAGGGGAUACAGUCCCACUAUUGCCUACCAGUAGGAGAGUCCAAACAGAAGACUCUUUUGAGUAGCAAUUAUUUAAUUUGCCCAGUCAAGGCACCGCGUUUAUAUAAUAUUUCACAUUGAAUUUGAUUAUGCCCUACAGACCUGGCUGGUCAAGGAUUUGAUACACAUAUUGGCUUGGGAUUCGAGCUUUCUUUUUUAUUUAAAUAAAAAUUUAUAUAUAAAUAUAUAUAUAUACAUAUAUACAUAGUUAUAUCUGUAUAUAUAUUGGGUAUGUUUUAAGAAUUUUUUCGCAUGAGCGCAGCUGUUGUGAUCAAAUGUCUGGGAGGUAGAAGCACUGAAUGAAAAUAAAGGCAUUUUUCAGCGCACACGCCCACACUCUUCAUAUGUCUUUACACAGGUUUAUUUCACUCUUAGUUGAACUUUGGCCUCUUAAUUGCAAAGAGUAGUUUUGAAGCUUGCUUUUUUUCCUAACCCGUCUUAAUUUUUGGCAAAGAAUCAUCUUUGCACUAGAAUAGCUUCAUCUACGCCUUGGCCCCAUCCAUCUGUAUGUCUUACUCGAGGCCUAGCAUUACAGCCGCUCCCCUUCGAGCUGAGCAGAACUAGGCUGAUGCAGUUUUGAGCCUGUCAGGUCUGUUCCUCUGUUCUCUGCUCUGGGCAUGACGAUGAUUAACCUGUUCCCCUGGCAGCCUGCUCACAAGUCAACUGACACUAGCACCGUGCCCUCUUCUCCCAUCCUUUAGUACAGAGCACCACUGUCAGGUCAGCCUUCUUGUUUUUAAUUAGUUUACUUCUUCCUGCUGUGUCUUUAUUAACACAGGGAGCUCAUUUUAGUUGAGAUAAUUAGUGCAAUAUUCUAAUCUAGGAGGACAAGCCCAGAAUGUACCUUUUUUUUGACUGCAGUAAUUCUUGAUGUAAAAUGAAUUUUCAAAGACGGUUAUGUUAUAUUUGAAUCUACAGAUUCAGUUUCAACACUAAGAAGAAAAUCUGAAGGGGCAGAAAACUUUUUGCCUUUUAUUACUUGUGCCAGCUAGUUUCCUUGCCAGGUUAGGGAUUAAUUUUUUUUCCAUUUUUGCUCUUGGAAGGAAUUCUGCAGUAAGAGCUAUUCACAUUGCUGGCCUUCAUAUGCUGAGUGCUUCUCAAACCUGUGGAUUAGAAGGGAGACCUUACUGGUUUUUUGUUUGUUUUUUUUUUUUUUUUUCUCCUUUAUCCAGCUCUCCGUGCUGUACUUUGUGCAUAGUGUCCUUGUUUUGAUCAGUCUGUCCAGGUGAAUGCCCUGUUUACCCAGUAUUAUAGUUUGGCUUGUUAAAUAGUUUGUCUAAUAUCUACCAACAGUAUUGAUUUUUGGCUUUCUUUUCCCCCCUCCUCCUCUUGUCCUUUUUCUGCUUUUUUGCAGAAGUUUAGUUGAUAAACAAGUCAAACAGCAAAAUGCAGUGCAUGCUUUUAAGUCUUUCUGGAAGCUGCACUUAAAAUUUUCCCUUUUCGUGGAAAAGUAUGCUAGUAGAACUGGGAGGACAGAUAGCUCUACAUGUAACGAAAGCAUUGAUGGUUACAGCAAAUAACUAGGGAAUGAAAAUUUCUGGAGUAACUGUAUACUGCCACAUUCAUUUCUAUAGCCCAUCAUUGUCCCAGUUGCACAGGAAUGCUGUCCAUCUCAGUGAAAUUGGUCUCAGCUAGAAAGAAGUUUAGUUCCUUCUACCUGGGCAGGAAGAAACAGUAUUACUUACAAUGGUGUUAGGGCACUACUGCAUCAUUUGGUAGGUAGAUUUUCUACUGCAGUAGACAACUUUGAACAUUCAUUGAUACCUGGGUUUCAGCCCCAGCAUGGACAAACCCCCCAGAACAGGAAGCUUCAAGUGUUACGUUAAGUUGUAGUAUGUCAAACAGUGAUUCAUUCAGUGUAGAAAUUAUGUUUGUUUAUUCUGUAGUGUUAUUUUCCUUCUGUCAACAUCUCUUUUUCCUUUCCUGUGACCUAGUUAUCUUUUCUUAAUUGCAGAAACUUACACUUUUUCUUCUGACGCUCUUGUAUGUGAUUGUAUCCUCUCCCAUUUUAGAGUAGGACUUUCUUUAUUUCAAUCAGAGCACCUUUCAAACUUGCAGCACUGUUAUCCCCUUUCUUCUCAAGUUCUUCUCUGCCUAGUUUCUUCUGAGCCUUAUUCUCUCCCUUUUGUCCAUACCUUCCUUCCUUUCCUUCUGUGGCUUGCCCGUUCACCCUCCCUGAUUGUUUAACAGUGACAGCUUGCUGCCUCAAAACAGAGCAUUCAAAUGAAUUCGCUUAGCCAAUAACUUCUGUGAAGUUGCCUUUUCUAAUGGUGUUAUUACUCAGUGAUGCACAAAUGUGAUAUUGCCCCUACUGGUAGGCAAACGGGGGAUCUGUAUAAACAUGGUAAACUGCUGUUUUUCUUUAAAGGAGAGCCAAAGACUUGUGCUUUACACUAUUUUUUUUUUCCUGGUGUAGCCAUUUUGAUUGUCAAAUAUUUGUAGGGUUUUGUGAGUUGACUGUAUUAUCCUAAUAACAAUUUACAGAUGUUAAUGAUUGUCAAGCCUUAUCCAUGCAUUGAAUUGUGGAAAAUCAUUCCAUUUAGUCAUACAAUUUGCGAUGUACUGAGAUGUAUCUGGAGUAUUCUGACAUGUUUUCAGUCUCUCAUGCGCUCUCUCAGCUGACAGAAUGGCUCCUCUAGAGAGGGAGAAGGAACAUAGAAAUUUUAUAGAAUCAAAGAAGCCUUGUCUUUACAUGUUUAAAUCUAAAUUGAAUACUGAUUUAAAAUUUCUUCACUUACAGUAAAACAUAAAUCUGUGUUGCAAAUGUGACUGACUUAUAAGCCCGUUGGAACUGAAAAGACUUGUCAAACUGUAGCAUUACAUUAAAUUAGAUGUGGAAGAAGCGAACUUGUAUGAUGAUAUUGUCUCUUGACAGCAUGGAUUGAGUAAGGUGGGGCAAAUUCUUUAUUAGAUGGAACUAGGAGUGAGGUUUUUUGUUGAUAAUACAAGAAAGCUGCUUGCAUUUCCCUUCCUUGAUCUAACUUAAACUCUUGCAGACUGUUUUUAAGGUCUUUAGGUUCAGAGAGAAAUCUGUAAGUCAGUAGCAUAAACCCUCAUUUCCAUUGCCAUUUCCAUUUAUAAAUCUGGACUAUAAUAAAGCAGACUUACAGGAUAGUUAUCUGAAGAACCCCAAUAUAAAGUAUCUUCGGUUAACUAGCUACUUCAGACCCACUUUUAUGGUCCAAGAAAUUCAGUGGUAAUAAUCAGGAGGCUCAAGAGCAGGAGUGCCAUCUCAUCUUUGCUCUAAAAUUGAGGUGGGGAGAACCAUAUAAGCAGUGUGCAAGUUUUCUGCUUGUCUGUGUGUGUAUGAAGAAGUUUUUGUAGUCCUAGAAUAGAUAGAAUGAACACAGAGCAAGACUGGGGUGUGAUGUUACCCUCAAAUUUUGUCAUCGUUCACUUUCCAAAGCACACACUUCCUAUUUCUGUCUCCUGAUGUUGGUAGCACUGAUUUAAAAACAACCAAAAAAAGUCAGUGUGUCAGCAACUUAAUUUUUUAUAUCACAGUAUAUAAAUUCCCCUGGAUGGAAAAAAGCAAAGAAAAGUUUGAGUUGUCUAAAUGGUAAUUCAGACAUGAACUGGAAAAACAUCCACCUUGCUUGAGUAAAUGUAAACUCUGAAUUUGAGGAAAGCGAAACAGCUCUUCUGAGCCAUGCUUUAGGUAUAGCCUUCGUGCUAACAGUUGGGUGGUUAUUACUUGUGGUAUACCAGCAUAGAGAUUAUGUAGCGCAGAUUGAUUUGUUCAAAGAUCAAAUAUAAUCUGAAAUGCCAAAAACUUCAUUGGGGAUUCUCUUUUCCAUACUCAGCUGCAUUAUUUUCAGUUGAAAUGUCAGGGGGGUGAAAGAGGCUAGAGUAAGUUAGUUCAAGUCAUACAGUAUAAGUAAGCAAUUUUGGGGAAUGGUAUCCCAGCACGGUGUCCUUAUACAGUUAACGUGUGGUCUUUAUUCUUGUGUAGGAAGAAGAAUGUAACUGCUUAGUGCUGUCACAGUCUUCGAGGCACUUCUUGCGGUGCAGGUAGAGCCUUGAUUAGCAGGGAAAGGAGAACAAACUUAAUAUUGAUUUUCUUUAUAAUUUUAUUUCCCAAUGGCAAGUGUAAUAUCAUGCCAUGGAAACUCUUUGAACACUAUGGUAGGCAAAGAGGGUGCAGUUUUUUCUGAAAUUUCAAAAUAAAAAGAGCAUGCAGGAAUGUGGAUUUGUCUGCAUCAGGAACAUCCCAGUCAUUUGAAGCUUAAAAUAUGUGACCAUAAUAAUCAAACUGGAUGCCUAUAGCUUAGUAACCUACAUAAUUAACUGAUCUGUCCCAGGCAAUCUGUGCAAUUCCAGUGAGUUUGUGUGUGAUUUUAGUGCAAUUUGCCAGGUGUCCAGUAUUUGGGAAAGUUUAGGUGCCUAGCUUCAUCCAGCAAGGCAGGUGUCUUUGGUUAUACAAGUUGGAUGUUUUCAUAUUCCAGGAAACAACUGAUUCUUAGAUGUAAAAGUUUUAGGAAAACACAAUUAUCAACUUCAAUUUGAAAAAUACAGUCUUGGAAAAGAUGGAAGCAACAAGUGGUGGAGUGUCUCUGAAAGUAAAAAGCAUUAGAGAUGAUGGAAAUACAUAUGAAAUGUAUAUGGGGAAAAUACAUCUGUAAGCAAAAAAGAAAAUCUUGUGGAGUAUUUGUUGUUUAAGAAAUUAUUUGCGUCCUUGUAAUGUUAUAAAAGAUUUAUUAGUAGUUCUGUGGCAGACAGCACUCACAAGUCUUUGGCAUCCAAACCAGAUUGUGUAUUGGAUGGAUCCCACAACUGGAUGUGUGCACUGACCUUUAUUUCUAGCUUUUUAAAAAUAAACUUGGUAGCAGCGUAUUAUAAAUGUAUAAAGCAACCUGAGACAGAAGAGAAGAAAUGCUGUUUACAUCACAGCUGCUGCACAGUUCACAAUUGGUACCUUUAAUCUGCAGCCUCUCUUAGAGUGAAGCUGCUCUAACGGGCAAAUCUAGCACAUCCAAUGACUUUCAGGUUUUUUCUAAUUUUAAGGAGUUCCCAUUACCCCUUUGGCCUCUGCUUGCUGUGUAAGCAGCCUCUAUGCUAAGAGGAGCUUUCCUUGAAGUCAGCUUAGCAACUGUGCUGUAGCUUGAUAAUUUUUCCCUGUUUUCUAUAACUAGUAGCAUAGUGUUGAGCUCUUUCCCCAUUGUAUUUGUUGCUAUGGGGAGGCAGAGGUGAGGCAAGGCAUGUGUGGGAGGAGGGAGGAAGAGUUGUGGGAUCUUCUCUAUGACAGCUCCCACCCCCUCUUUGAAAUCAUCUACUUCCAGUUGUGGGAUUUCUCUAUGGAUGACUUUUUUUCCUGUUUUUGUAAGCUUAGCUUUCUUUGAUCUUGUUAGUUCCGUACAAGUCUCCCCGAGACAUUCUGCAGUCAUUAUCACCUUUUUGGGUGGAGUUUAUUUUAUUUUUUGGUUUGUUUGGUUUUUUAAAUAACUUUUUAACAUUGGUGCAUAUAUGCUUGGGAUAGAGCUCAUGUAAUUUUCCAAUCGUAUUGAUUGUAUGUGAUUGUGCCCUGCAGAGGUAUAUUUAACAAAAAAUAAAAUAAAAAGGAUAGUCUAGGUAAUAAAGGAGCCAAUGAGAUUUGUUGAGUCAGGUUAUGAACUAUUUCUUGACUUUAUUUAGGAUCCUGGAUAAGUGAAAUUCCCUCUCUGCUGUUCUCAUAAAUCAAUGCUAAACAAAGUGUUGUGAAUUCUCUCUUUGUUUGAACUGGCUCUUUUCUUGCUUUUCUUCUCCUUCUGCUGUUUUCUUCCUUUCCUGCUGCUCUUCCCCAUCAAAAACAAUUCUUGACCCUUUACUAGAAUGACUGACUCUGGGUUGAUAUUGUGAAUAUUUAUUGUUUGUAACUAUCAAAACAUUUUGAAUAGGAGUAGAGAUUAAGUAGAACAUAUGAGAAGAAUUCCAUAAACUGAAUUCUUUGCAAGGUCAGGGGAAUUUUGAAGUCUUGUACAUACAGGCCUGGUCAUGGGGGGAGACAUUGAAGCACACAAGGCAUUGAUAAUCUCUUUCCUUGAAAGGUUGGAUGCUUUUACUACCUUUUGGAAAAACUCUUGAGAUGACAAAAGGAGUAGAAGAAAGAGUUCAGUGUAUCCAACUCCCUGUAUCUUUACUUCUGCAACAUACUUUUUAAACUUGAAAGAAAAGCCUUCUAGAUAUUAUGGUGAAGUGGGGUGGAGUGGAUUGAAGGAGGCAAGAGGAUGCAGAGAUCUGAAAGUCAGUAUUUGUCUCCUUUAUUUCUUUUUUUAGAACUAUAGAACUGACAAUGACACUUUUGUAUUAAAGAACAAGGAAGUGGAGACCUAUUGUGUGUGCAUGGUGGUUAUAUAGAAAAAGCCAUAUGUUGAAAUGCUAUUUCUUCUUCCCUCUUCAGCUUGCUUUUCUCCCUCUUAGAGCUGACUCAACCUUACCUUGUUUCCACAUAGUAUCUAAGGGUCCUUUGAGUUGCAGAUUCAACGAAAAAAAUGAGUGAAAAGGUGGUGAUUCGCUAUUUGGUUUGUAAAUAGAUGGAAGUGUCUACAAGGUCUUAUCUGCUUUUCUGUCAGCAUUUAUAUUAAAUGAUAAAUUGAUGGAGAA